GAAUGAGUGGAGAUAAUUACCGGAGUUAGUAACCGGAACGUCACAGCAAAAAUUACCAAAGUAUGACAUCAACCCCGACACAACAACCAUAAAAAGCCUGCCGAUCAUGCACCCUUGGAUCAAUUGCACCCAAUAUCGCAAAAAUGGAUAUAUACGGCUCAAAAAAGCCCAUGGUCGACAUCGACCGAACAAUUGACCGAUUAGGCAGCCAAAAGCCCGCCCCGGGCUUAACCACUGGCGACGUCGGCAUCUUCAAAUCGACUAUCUUGCCCUCAUUCACCUUACACACCGGGCUCUCAAUUGCCUCUUUUAUCGCGGCGAAAACUACUGACAGAGGCGAGAUCAAGGAUUGGUGUUGGCCAUCCAGUCAAGUGAUCAACGCCUGGUGGAGCGCUGUUGGCCGCCAGGUCUUUUACGAGAAUGUCUCCUUUUCAAACGCCUGGGAAGCCAUCCCCUGGACAGAGAAAAUACUACUCAGCUGCGUAACUAUCUGGGGUACUCGACUAUUCUACCGUAUCUCAAAGAGAACCAUUACCCGCGGAAAAGACGAUCCGAGAUACGACGAGCUAAAAUCGCAAGACCCCGGGUUCUGGAAAUCCGCUUUCUUCAAGCUUUUCCUUCCUGAGGCAGCUUUCUUGACUCUAAUCACCCUUCCGUUUACCCUACCUUUCCGGUUGACUGAGUCAUCUUUGAAUAUCGGUGCUGACACUGCGGCAACUAUUCGUGGUCUCGGCGUCGCACUCUUCAGCGCUGGUUUCGCGAUGGAAGCUAUGGCCGAUUGCCAGCUAGAACUUCACCGCCAGGAACGAACUGACCUGUGCCGCCAUGGUGUCUGGAGUAUCGUCCGUCAUCCGAACUACUUGGGUGAUGCUUUAGUCCACAUCUCUUUCGUCGUUCUCAACGCCGCUAGCAACUUUAAUCCUCUUGUCCUUCUUGGUCCCGUCGCAAACUACGUCUACCUCCGCUUCGUAGGCGGCGACAAGCAGAACGAGGAAAGUCAGGAGGCCCGCUACAAGGAGCAAGAUCCGCAUAAAUACGAGCAGCUGCAGACGUGGCGUCGUGAGAAGAACAGCUUCUGGCCGAGUCCUUCGGAAUUAGCCAACCCAUGGACUUGGGCCGUUCUCGGCUGUGGAUUAGUUGGAGUGGUUGUGGAAGAAGUAGUCCGGGGGUGGGCCCUUCGGUAAUUUCGAAGCAGAAGCAUACCAGCAUACCAUAUAUUGAUGUAUAAUAUUUGUACUUCGAUCACAAAAUCGCUUUCAUGCAUACAGGUU